AUGACUCGAAUUUCUUUACUCGACCGAGACUGUGUAGUCACAGACCGAGGUGGCAUCAUUGAAAACACCCACGGCGUACACAUUGCUGUAACGGACACAAAGGGCAAUAUCCUCUUUUCAGCCGGAAACCCUUCUCGAAUGACUCUUUCUCGAUCAGCAGCCAAGCCAGCUCAAGCUGUAGCUGUCAUCGAAACCGGCGCCAUGGAGAAAUACGGAUUCGAUGACGUUGACUUGGCUCUCAUGUGUGCUUCUCAUAACAGUGAAGACUUUCAUAUCUCACGCGCCAAGAAUAUACUCAGCAAGAUCAAAGCAGAGGAGAGAGACCUUCAGUGUGGUGGCCACCCGGCAAUUUCGGAGAAAGUGAAUCGUGCGUGGAUCAAGGCUGAUUUUGAACCGACGGGUAUCUGCAACAACUGUUCUGGAAAGCAUGUUGCCAUGAUGGCUGGCGCCGAAGCGUUGGGUGUUGAAGCUGCCAACUAUCAUGAGUUGGAUCAUCCCAUGCAACGUGAGGUCAAGAGAGUCGUGGAAGAGCUAUCUCUUGAUCCUAAACAAGUGGGAUGGGGUGUUGAUGGCUGCAACCUCCCAGCGCCAGCCUACCCUCUCUAUGACAUGGGCUGCACUUUUGCAAUCUUUGCAGCAGCAGCCGAUGAAGUCGAAAAAUCUGGAUCAUCAACAACACAGAGAACUCGCAAUUGUGCUCGCGUCUUCAACGCCAUGUCAGCUCAUUCAGAACAAGUAGGCGGCACGGGACGUUUCUGCACAGAUCUCAUGCGUAGCUACAAGGGCCAGCUGUUUGGCAAGGUUGGCGCCGAUGCUUGUUACGGCAUAGGUAUCCGAGAGUCUGAAGAUACUCGACGUCUUGGAGCAAAAGGCCCACUUGGCAUUGCUGUAAAAAUCGAAGAUGGAAGUCUCGAGAUUUUAUACGCAGUAGUUGCUGAAGUUCUGGAGCAGCUUGGAAUCGGAACCGCAGAGCAGAGGGCGAAGCUUGAUGGUUUUCACUACCUGAAGAGGAAGAACACUAUGAAUGUUGUCACAGGGCUGGUUAAGUUCAAUUUCAAGCUAUGUGCAUAA